AUGUCCGGUGGCUACGACGUCGACUACGACUCCGACUGCGACGUAUACGACUACGACGAUGAUUACAUCUACGCCGAUGCAGGAGCCUACGAUCUGGCUGAUGAGCUCGCCUCUGGAGCCAUAGCCGAAGCUCCCGCCCUGUACUACCGCGAUGACGAAUAUGAAGAAUACGACAAUUACAACUUCUGGUCCGAGAUCGAGUACGGCAAUGGCGAAAUCUUCGACCAAGACAUCGCUCCCCAACAGCACUCGACUGCCGACAACCAAAAGAAGUCUAGAGCCGACGACAUCAAGGACACCAUCAAGAAGAUUCGACUGCGUGGCAUUCAAGAUUAUCCCUCCGUCCUGUGGAAGUCCUCGCACGAAGCCUUCAGCCUCAAUCACAAUUGCCCCGUCUACGAGAAGCCACAGCAACCGACGGCCCUACUGCCCAACUGGCGACAACUUCUAAAAGACCGGCCCGCUGUAUUCACCACAUCUUACAUGGCCAUACAUUCGGCCAAGAUCGAUAAAGAGGAGGCUGAAUGGGAGGACAUGUCAGAAGACGAUGCCGAGUCAGACCAGGAUGAUGAUGACGAUGACGAGGAAGAGGAGGAUCAAGACGAAGAUGGCCAAGACGGCGAGGAGGGCAUGGGGCUGCAGGACAUCGACCCGGAAAUGCUCAAAUCCGCCCUCGCCGCAAGACUAUCCGCCUCGGGCAUGACUGGCAAGGACCAAUCCUCUAUGAUGGAAGCCAUGAUGCAGAUGCUGGCAGGCGGUGGUGGUGCUGGCAUUGAAGAUCUCCUCGAGAGCCUGACAUCAAACAUGGUGAAUCAAGUGACCGAGGAAGGCGGUGAUUCAUCGAUGGGGCAGUGGCUCUCUGGUCAGGGUGUCUCGCUCGAGGAAGAGAAUGACGAUAAUGAAAGCGGCAGCGAAGAAAAGAACGAGGAUACCAGGAGGCCGUCUGAAGACGUCACAUCUGGCGCGUCUCAGGACUCUUCGCCCCAGGACAGUGUGGCAGCAGGACUGCCCGCUGCUCCAAAAUCUUCUGUCCCGUCCACUGAAGCAUUGCUUGAGCCACCAUCAACUGGAAAGAAACGAAAGCACCCUCUGUCCGAAGAGAUUAAACAAGAUGACGAGACGGAAGAACCUGCUCCGGAGCCAGCUCAUAUUCACAAACGAAGCAAGAAAGAUGUCCCGAAGCCUUCGAAUGGAUCUGCCAGAUCCAAACCAGCAGCACGCCAAUCAGCGACAUCACAGCCAAAAGUCAAGAUUGCAGACGACAAGCCCAGUGUGAAGCCAAAGACUGACGUGCCUGUCAAACCCAAGGCCGAGGCAACGAAAUCGACAAAACCGAGACCGACAGCAAGUCACGAAAAAGCGAACACAUCUUCCACCACAUCUAUCGCAAAGCCGAUCACGCGGAAGCGCAAAGCUGCAGACGAGCAGGUGCCGGAAGAAAAGCCCAAGCGACAGUUGCGCAAUUUUGCUGCACCAACUGCAAGUAGCCAGAGCAAGACUGCAGACACAAAGGCACCUGACACUAAGACUACAAGAAGCGGCCGGGCCAGAAAGUAG